UGCAGGCACAGCUGAGCAGCGUUCACACUUCAUCAGACUGGUAAACCGACACCUGUCUGCCACAUUCCCCCCGCCGUCUCCUUUCUGUGUGCGCCUGCUGAAGGUGUCGCUUCGGUCUUCAGGUAGGCUAUGAAGAAUAAACACAGCCAACAGGCACAGACAGAGGCUCCGAACCGACUCGACAUGUCGAGCUUCGAGGUGACUCUCCAGCAACUCAACGAUCUGCUGACGGACGACAGCGGCUUUUACAGCUGGCCGACUAAACACUUCCAUGAGGUUUACCCGAGGAUCUACGUCGGCAAUGCGUUUGUGGCUAUGAACGUGAUGCGUCUUAAGCGCCAGGGCAUCACACACAUCCUGAAUGCUGCGGAGGGAAACUCCUUCAUGCACGUCAACACCAACGCUGAGUUCUACGCCGGCACGGGGGUCAUCUACCAUGGCGUGCCAGCCAGCGACACCGACCACUUUGACAUCAGUGUUUACUUUGAAGAGGCAGCAGACUUCAUCGAGAAGGCGCUGGCAUACAAAAAUGGAAAAGGUAAAGUGUAUGUUCACUGCAGGGAAGGCUACAGCCGCUCGCCCACCUUAGUCAUAGCCUACCUGAUGCUUCGCCAAAACAUGGACGUCCACACCGCGCUGGCCAUGGUGCGUCGGAAAAGAGAGAUCGGACCCAAUGAUGGCUUCCUUCGCCAGCUCUGUCGGCUAAACCAGAGGCUGGCUGCUGAGGGAAAGUUCCGGAGCAAAUGAGGCAGACAAGGGAGCAGACAGACUGUAAAGAAAGAACAAAAGUAUGCUUCAUUGCACUUCACUUUCUUUCACUAGUUUUAUAGCUUUAACGAGCCUCAGAUCUGUGAGGGAAAGUUCUGGAAGUGAGGAUAGUGGAAAAUGUUUUCUGUAAGACUAAGGCUGACAGCACUGAGUGUAUGUAUAGUACAAGAUAGUACCUCUUACACUUAAAGUAUGUACAAACAGUGUUUUAACGUGUGUGUGCUCAGACUAACGCUGGUGAUACCAUUUGCUGAUCGUACAAUGUAAUGUGUAAAUCGAGGUGCACUGCAUUCACCAAGUGUGUUUGCAUACGCUCCCCUAUAUUCUGAAAAUUUGAUUUACCUGCAGGUCUAAGUGACACUGAAUAAUAAUCAGUAAGCAUAUUUUUUGUGUUCUGUAUAGUUUGGUGUGUUUUCAUGCUGCUCACUAUUCCAGAGAACAAUAUCAAAGUAUAAAGGGAAUGUUAAUACACAUUUAAACUUCACUGUGGGAACUGGUGAAAAAAAAUGGUGUAACUGAUGUGAUACUGCCACCGCCUUUUCUCAUCCAGCCUUCUGUCCCCCCUGUCCAUCUCUCUUCCUCCCUCCUGGCAUCGUGCCCUUUGUCUUCUCACUCCUGCAAACACUGCCAAAUCUCUCAGUCCCAGUCGCUCCCAGAGGGGAUUUCAAGAGGACACUGUGAUUUUUCAUAUUGAAUAAGAUUAUCAGGGUAGUAGCAUCAUACAAAAUUAGUUUUUGUCCAAAAUGCCUAGUAUGUUUUAGAAAACUGCACAAUCUUUGACUUACUGUAUAUUGCACUCAAGUCUAAAAGCCUCAGAAUUAGUCUCAGUCAAAAAUGUGUCUUGCUGUUAUGGUGCUUUAUAGGAAUUGUUGACACUAUUUCAUACUGCAAAAUAAUGACAACAGGUGGAAACCGGUAGAAACAGCUAACCGGCUCUGUCUAAAUGCACCUAUAAAGGGAGCAAUUAACAUGUUAUAUCUUGUUUAACCAUCCAAAAACUGAAAUAUGCUGGACUGUUUGUUGGCCUGGCACAGUAACGUCUGUAACCCCCCCGCCCCUGAGAAAACCACCACUUUUUGUUUUACCAUGCAUAAGUGUAAACAGACAGGAUAUAACAUGUGAAUUAUUAAGCUUUACAGGUGCAAGAAACAGCUAUCCAGGCUAGGCUGUUUCAAGUAUUUGUGCUCAGCUAAGCUGACUGGCUACUGGCUGUAGCUUCAUAUUUAGCGUACAGAUUUGAGAAUGGUAUCAAUCUUCUCAUCUAACUCUCGGCAAGAAAGCUAGUAAGUGUAUUUCCCAAAAUGUCAAACUAUUCCUUUCUUGCCAACUUUGAGAGAUGAUUUGUCCCACAUUCUUACAUCAGGCAACUCUUGACAGUUAGAAACAUGCCAUGUCACAUGUCAGGUGACCUAUGACUUUAUGCCAAAUGGUCCAGUGAGUAGAACAAAGCCGCUAAAGUCUCUGAUUGUAAUUUAAACACUGCCAGAAUGUGAGAUGUCUGUAACUUGAACAUUAUUGGAUAACUUCUCAGUCAACACCUUUGCACAUUUGUGUGUAUACAUUUUAUAGUAUACAACAGCAUGCCUUGUAAUAUACAUGUUAGCCACAGCGCUGUUUAUAUUGCUUUGUUAGUGCAGCUAUAUAGCUAUGUACAUUGACUGAGUCAUAGAGUGCAUAUUAUUUGUCACAAUGUACAUUAUUAAGGGUGCGUCUUGUAAAUCACUAUGCAUUACUGAGUAGGAUAUGAUGUAAUUGGUUAUGUCUCAGAUUAUGACACUGCUUACAUGAAGUGCACUUUAUCUAAUGACACUUGUGAUUGUUGUUGCUCUCUUUUCAUACAAUCAGUAAUAAACUGAAAAUUACAACGCUGA